AUGAAGGUACUUGCUGCUGUUGCUAGGGUACCAUGCCCCCUCCAGUUUCCUCAGAGAGCCUACCUCUCUCCCACUGUCAUGGAAGUCACUCCAUCAAUCAAGUCAUAUCAGGACUCUAAUUGUCAGGAAGAGGAGGAACCAAGCACUUUGCAACCUUGGCUAGACAUUGGGCUGUUGCUUAGAGAUGCCAUAGAGAAUAAGGUGGCUGCUCUGGUGGAGUUCCUGCUCCUCAAGUAUAGAACAAAGGACCCAAUCAGAAAAGCAGAAAUGUUAAGUAGUGUCAUCAAAGAGUCCAAGGACUACUUCCCUGUGAUCUUUAACCAAGCAUCUGAGUGCAUGCAGCUGGUCUUUGGCAUUGAUGUGAAGGAAAUGGAUCCUAUCAGCCACUCCUAUGUUCUGGUCAACACCUCAGGCUUCAUCUACAAUGGGAUGUUGAAUGAUGAGCAGAGUAUGCCCAAGACUGGCCUCUUGAUAAAUAUUUGGGUUGUGAUAUUCAUUGAUGGCAACUGUGCCCCCGAGGAGGAUAUCUGGGAAGUGCUGAGCAUUACGGGAGUGUAUAAUGGGAAGGGGCACUUCAUCUAUGGAAAGCCUAGGAAGCUCAUCAUGAAAGAUUGGGUGCAGGAACAGUACCUGGUGUACUGGAAGGUGCUCAACAGUGAUCCUGCAUGCUAUGAAUUCCUGUGAGGUCCCAGAGCCUAUGCUGAAACCAGCAAGAUGAAAGACCUGGAGAUUUUGGCCAGGGUUAAUGGUACCAUACCCAUGGCCUUUCCUAUCUUGUAUAAGGAGGCUUUAAGAGAUGAGGAAGAGAGAUCUCAAGCCAGACUUUUUGUCAGUGACAAUGGGGCAGCCAGGACCAGGGUCUGGGCCUAUUCUAGAGCCACAUUUGGCAGUUUCUGUGGCCCUAAGUGA